AUGACACCUACUACUAUCAGAGCCAUUCGAUCUUCCGGCCUGUCAUCCGGUCUCCUGAUGACGCGAUCAUCAUCACGCCAUUCUUGUCUAAUACUGUCCAAGAAUACGUUCCAAGCAUCCAGGUCCUUUUCUUCGUCUUCAGGCGGUGGAUCAUCAAAUCUUCCCUGGCAAAUUGGCACCGUCGUGGCCAUGGUGGGAACCUACGUUGUUGCCACGAAGGGAAUUGCCUAUAUUUCCAGCACGGAUGAUGAUGCUGCUGCUGCUGGAGAUCUAUUAUCACUGGAUCAAGCGGAACAUACAGGAGACGGACCCGUCCCACCACAAGCUGAAAUUACAACUCGAGUCUACUUUGAUGUGGAAAUCGAUAGUCACGCGGCUGGCCGUAUUGUUAUGGGAUUGUAUGGAGGAGUGGUUCCCAAGACUGCCAAGAAUUUUGAGGUUCUGUGCCGUGGAGAUACCUCUCACCCCAAAGGUGCCAAGUUGGCCUAUGAGGGAUCUGUCUUUCACCGGAUUAUACCCGAUUUUAUGAUUCAAGGUGGAGACUUUACCUUUGGAAAUGGAACUGGUGGACUUUCGAUCUACGGGAACAAGUUUGCGGAUGAGAAUUUUCACCUGAAGCAUACUGGGCCAGGACUCUUGAGUAUGGCCAAUGCGGGGAGGAACACCAAUGGUAGUCAGUUCUUCAUAACAACAGCCAAAACGCCACAUUUGAAUGGCCGACAUGUGGUAUUUGGUGUAGUCGAACAAGGCUGGGACGUCGUCAAACUCAUUGAGCUGUGCGGCAGUAGAAAUGGAAGACCGAGCCGAUUGGUAAAAAUUGCCAAGUGCGGCGUACUAGACGAAGAAGAAGAUAAUGAUAAUAAGUGA